GAGCAGGAACAGGCGCUCCGGAGACUCACGCGCCGCGCCGGAGAGUGUCGGAAGCCGCGAUGGGAGUGACCGCAUCCAAGUUUCUAGAGUUCCUCUGACCACUGCUGUUGCAUUAAACAAAAGACUUUGUGUUUCUCGUCAUUUUUUUUCUCCGUCUCACUUCUGACGGGGUUUGUCAGCGCUUGUUUUUCUUUUUUUUUUCUUUUUUUUUUUUUUUUGAUCGAGGCGUUUCUCGCACAGGAUGUUGAUGAUAUUGGGAAGCCGGGUAAGAUCAUAAAGUCAGUUCUCUCUGAUGAGAACGUCCUCCUCUUUCACCACCUCACAAAGGGAACCACGGAACAAGUAUUUUCUUCUUUUUUUUUUCUCUCCGAAACGCCAUCAUUUCAUUUUUCCUUUUUUCUGAAUGUCACUAAGAAGCAGAGGGGGCUGUUUCAAAGACAAAAUGGAUCACUUUGCAGCAGAGUGCCUUGUUUCUAUGUCCAGUCGUGCAAUUGUUCACGCUCCUAAAGGGAAUAGGGAGAUUAAACCAGAAAUCCCGUCCUCCUCCAAGAUCGGGGAGGAAAUGAAAGAGCCUCUGGUGAAGGAUAACUCCUCUCUUUUUGUGGUGGCGCGGAUUCUGGCGGAUUUUAACCAGCAGACUCCCAACAGUGGUGCCGAGCAGGCAAAAAUAAAGGAUGAGAGCAUGCCGAACCUCAGAGAUGAUGGAAACUCUGCCACACCUACCACCAUCUCCGAUCCUUCGCUCAAACAAAGAGGCAAAAGAUCGAGAGGUCGAGCUGAGCAAGAAUCACCUCUGAAAAAGCACAAAUGCCACUAUUCAGGUUGUGAAAAAGUUUAUGGCAAAUCAUCCCACCUCAAAGCCCACCUAAGGACACACACAGGAGAGCGACCUUUCCCGUGCACCUGGCCCGACUGCAGUAAGAAGUUCGCCCGCUCAGACGAGCUGGCCCGCCACUACCGCACCCACACGGGGGAGAAGAAGUUCGGCUGCCCCCUCUGCGACAAGCGCUUCAUGCGCAGCGACCACCUGAUGAAGCACGCCCGCCGCCACUCGGAUUUCCAGCCCGGCAUGCUGAAGAGGCCCCACGGCGGCGGUGGCGGCGGCGGCGGCGGCAGCACACGUCCCGGCUCCCUCAGCGACUACAGCCGCUCGGACGCCUCCAGCCCCACCCUCAGCCCCACCCUCAGCCCAGCCAACUCGCCUUAAACUGAAACCUGGCCGCACUUUUCCGCCUCCGGACUGUGAGGCCCGUGUUUUCAUCAUAACACUUUUGUUGCACAGUCGUCAGCAGCCCCGCCCCCUUUCGCUGUCCCCGCGCUUGCUGUGGUGUACCAUACUGUACAUAACUGCUUAUUGUAGUGCAAUUUACUUGUGUGAUCCUAAAAGAAGGUAAUGCCUUUCCCAGAUGGCAAUAUCUCCAGUCUGUACCGCGUGUCUGUAUUUUCUUUUAGCUUCUGAUCAUGGCUAGUUGUUUAAUGUACGUUCACACUCAACUAAACAAGGUUUAGAAGAAGAAAAAAAAAAUAUGGACAGACACCCUGACAAGUCUUAUCAAAAUGUUCUUUUGUUUUUUUGUUUUACUUUUGUUGAUUAUUUUCUUCUUUUUUUUUUUUUUAACGAACGGGUUAGGAAAAGGGGUACACAUACGCGCGCGCACACACACCCACACACACACAUACACACACACAUACACACACCCACACCUCAGGAUUGAAGACAGUUGCUCUUUCUGUAAUACCACAGUACUUCACAGUACUCACAUUGACUGCACAAUAUACUCAUCACUUUACUCUGAAAUUCAACCGGGGUUGAAUUUUACGCCCUGCUCAGGGAUGGCCUUGUUAGCUUGAAAGAAUGAACACGGUGAAGAGAAACACACAGUACAUAUAUUGCAGCCUUACACUCAACAUAAUUUGCACUCUUUGUUAUUAUUAUUAUUUUUUUUUUUUGUUGGCUUUUACAUUCAGUGAAACCUGCCCUACAGUCACACGGUCAGUCCAACGGCAAAAAACUUUCAAAGCUCUGUCCGCCAUUGAGUUUUUUUUUUUUGUGUUUUUUUUUCGGGGGGGCGUUCCCAUGAAAUAUAAAUGCUGUAUGUUGAGAAAACCAUCAGCAAACUCCCACCCUGGAAGAAAAAAACCCAUCCCUUCCUUCACUGCAUUGUGAAUAAUCAUUGACGCGACACUGGGUUUAAUAUAUACCGCGCUCGAUCGUUUGCAGUGUAAACUCUAUGAAGCUGCACUGCGGGAGCAUCGGGAUUGUCAUGGGCUAGCAGUUUUUAUAAAACACACCUACGACGACACUUUGGAACCUUUAAAUAGAGAUCGUUAAGUUUCAAAGCAGCUGUUCGUGCUAACAAAAAGAAAAAAGCAUCUCGCGCAAAGCGGACACAAAGGGAUGUAACUAGAAACAAGGUUUGUCCAUCUUUCAAGCACAGAAAAAAAAAAAAAGAAAAAAAAGUACCAAAGACGAGAGUGAAUGAAAGCUUUCUGUUCGGGCCUGUGAGGCGCCCUUCACUGAGGCCAGAGGCGAGAGGCUGGCAGUGUCGCAGGUAGAGCCAGACGUCCGCUCGCCUCGCCUCGCCUCGCCUCCCUCCUCCCGGCUCUGCCUUUUGUGGCUUCCCCGAAGGAAACAGCUGCACCCGAAAGACGCCAUUCACAGGCUGCCGGAGGAGGAGUGCGAGCACGCCAUUCCCCCCGGGGGAGUCCUUCCUCAUCUGGCUCUACCUGCGCUGUCAAGAGAGCGGCGGGAACGCCGAGGCCGUUCAAGCGCACGGGGUUGUUGUAGGCCGGGGUGUUCGCCGGCGUUGAGCGUCCGCGGAGCACAGGGCGAACAAAGCAGCUAUCUGCAAUAAACAGGCAAGAGAGGGCAGGUCCUGAUAAAAGAGGAGAGGUUUAUCACGAGCCGAACAGCACAAAGGAGGAGACACCCAGGCGCAGGCACCCCAUUUCCUCCUCCUUCCCACACUCCCCUCCUCCCGCCAGCAGCCAGCAGAAAAAUGGCUGUAAUUAGUGGCUUGAUCCAAACUGUAGGAUAAGAGGAAAAAGAACAAGAAAGACAGAAGUGUGUGUGAGCGUGGAGCAGUGUGGGUGGGGCGUACCCAACAACUCCAUCCUGAGCACAGGCAGAGGUCGUCCGCCGCCGCCGAAGGGUCGGAUUUCACGGCGCUAAAGGGGGAAAGCGUCAGUGUAAAUUCACACACAGAUAAAGCCGAGCUCCCAAAACAGCUGCUUUCAAACUUCUCUCUCUCUCUCUCUUUCACCCCACGGCGGCUCUUUAACUGUUGUGAAAACACGUGAACCAAAAAAAAAAAAGAAGAAGAAACGGACAUAUCAGGCCUCACGCCGUCCUGCCUGUGACGCUCAGAUGUCCCGUGAGAAAAACCGACUUGUGUUUCUACACAGACAUGCCUCGAUAAGUCAGGCAAAAAGGCACAGCAAAGCUUCCAGGGAGUCAGGCACCGCUAUCCAAACUGCUGCAGCUCCGCCAGUCUGCGUUAUGCCUACACUUUCUUUCUGACGCUUCGGGACUGGAGUUAGGGGAAAAAAAAAAAAAAAAGGGUCAUCCGUGGAGUUUGAUUCUGUCUCUGGACUGUUUCUGCUUCGCCCCAGCAGCGGCGGCGGCGGCGGCUCGGCCUGGUCCUGCCCUGCCCUGCGGUCCCUUGGCCGACGCCGUGUGCAUGUUAACUCGGCGCUGAAAGCGUGGAUGGUCUCUGGCAGGUGUACGCCGAUGAAUGGCGGGCCUUGUCCUCCGUUCUCUGCAGCCUAAGCCAUUUUCUCCUCAAAGUGAAUCCGCUCUGUCGCUUUCUCCAGAAAGAGAACAUCCCUUAUUUAGAUCCAAUGCAGUAGUUUACUGAAAAUGUAUAUAUUAAAAAAUAAUAAUAAUAAGAAGAAGAAAUAAAAGUUGCAAGUUGUUAAACUGAUCUCCAGGAAGCAAGGCGACACUGGUGAGCCACUCUCAGUGAGGGAUUUACAUUAAAAAAAGAGAAAAACAACUAAAAAUGUUUGAUUUUUCACAAAGUAAAUCUUGAAGUUGCUGUUGAACAGCCUUUUUUUGUAUCCAUAACUUUAUUUGUUACAGUCAGUUUUUGACCUGGUUUAUAGUCUAACUUUCACUUGAUUAAAAAAAAAGAACAACAAACACACAAAAAAAAAUGGGAGUAUCUCACCCUCAAGCAGGUUCCAUUAAUCAGUUCUUAAUCCAUAAUCUGCACAUUUUCCUCAGGGUUGACAUCUGCCGAGCAGAUAUGGGACAGUUUGUGGAUUUUAUUGUAACAUCGGUUGCUGCCCCCCCCGCCCCCGCCCCCCGGUGUUCCUGGGUGCUCAGUGCUCACUGCUGGUCAGUGUCCGACCACACUGGAAACACAGGACGGCCUCGGCACAGGCCGCGCUCCUGCCCAUUACCUCCACAUCACACCCUCCUGUCUCUGGAGAAUUUUUGAAUUUUUCUUAUUUCUUGUUUGUUUUUUUUUAAUAAAUAAAUAAAUAAAACGCCCCUUAAAACACCUUUGAACCCGAGGGUGCCGCCACCCGAGGGUCCAGCGACCGUGACAGAUCCCAGCGGAUCCCUCCAUCCAGACUGCACCGGUGACACACAGCGUCCACGUGUAAGGCAGAGUGUCUCCAACUUUUCUCCUCACUGUACCAAAUGUACUUGAAUAGCUCGACACAAAAGGCCAUUGAACACAGUUUUUGUACAUGACCAUUUUUACUGUACGUGUUGUCAAAUAAUUAUUAACCUUUUCUGUCAAGAAAGGUUGUUUUUUUUCUUUGGUUUUUGUUUAUCCAACAUUUUCCGUCGUCUUCAGGUCAUUUCAGCGACUCUUGAAUCUAUCACAGCAUAAAAGGUUGACUGUUUCCAUCGAGUUCGUUUUCAAAAACAGAGAAUCAGUUUCUUCUUUUUUUUUUUUUUUUUUUUUUUUUGUCAAACUCAGAUUUUUAUCCCCGUGACCGGGGGUUCACUCCUUCAUCAGGAAAACACUUCUUACUCUGUUGAUGUCAGGAUGCAGGUUUUUGCACUUGGCCUGUCAUCCAAAACUCCUCAAUGUUGAAAACAAAAAGCAGAGCUGGAGGGGCGGCUGGGGCGAUGAUAAAUAAGGAAACAUCCUGACCUCUACGUAUGUCAGUUUCUCUUUGAGUGACUUUUUUUUUUCAUUAUUUAGAUUAAUUUUAAAGUUUUUUCAUAAUAGAGACCACAGCAUUGUGAGUUAGCAGUGUAGUCAUUUAUUAUUAUUAUUUUUUGUUAUUGCUUUGUUUUUUUGUGUCUCAUAUGAAAUGUUUAAAGGUGUAUAUUUUUCAACAACAACAACAACAACAACAACAACAAAAAUCAUACCUCUGAAUAUAUUUGACUUUGGUUGUAUCUUCAUAUCUUUUUGAAACAUCCAUCAUGUAGCUUACGUUUGCUUGAUGAGUAGCACAAAUCUUCAGUGGUUUCAUUUGUCCCUACUUGAAUGAAGAAGAAACGAAAGAGAGUUUUUUUUUCUGUAAAAAACAACAAAAAAACAAAAAAAAAACAAAAACAAAACACUGGGCUACAUUUUUUUUAACAGUCAUCCCAUUUUGCCAAGUCCUGCACGUCCUGUAGAAAAAAAAAAUCUUUCCAGAAAAAAAAAGUACUUUUGUAUGACUUUAUGUUAGAAGGAAAAAAAAAAAAAACCAUCCUUUCCCUGCUGCGCCCCUCGUUGUCUUAGUUGAAACAUUUUUGUAUGUGAGAAACGGACGCCGCCUGUAAAUUAUCAAAAAAAAAAAAAAAAAUCUUCAUGUCAGCAUUUAUCAGCUCCAACUCCACGAUUGUAAUUCCAGUGAGAUGAUAAAUCUUAAAGA